UUGGAUAUAUUUUCAUGUCAAUGCCGAAUUAGUGAAGUGAAUAGUGUUAAAAGUAUCUUAAAGUGAUUUUAAACUUCUUUUUUUUACGGAAAUUAAUAUAUUUAAGAAUCGGUUUACUUACUUACAUAUUAUUUUUUAGUGUUUAAUUACGAUUUAAUAAGGCUACAGUGAAGUUUUAUUUUCUAGGUCGUUAAAAAUGAAUGAUACAGAAGUAGCAUCCAUUCCACCUCCACCAGGUACUAUCGACAAUCCACCUUUGCCUCCAGAGCCACCUUCCAGUCCACCACCGCCUCCACCAGCUACAGAACAUCCUCAAACACCCAAUUUGUUUUUACAAAACCAAAAUUGGGCUAACUAUAAUAAUUAUGUAUCUUACUAUCAACAAUAUGCCCAAUAUUAUCCGUAUCUCUUUAUGUCAAACUCCUAUCCAGCUUAUCAUAAUCAAUUUAAUAAAAAGGAUGACUCGGUUCAGCCACCUUUGCCUCCAGGUUCUCCAAAUCCGCCAUUGCCCUCUGCUAUGUCUAAUAAUAUUAGAUCUCCUCUAUUGAAUUCGCCAAAGCAAUUUGGCCAUAUUCGGUUUCAGUUAAAUAGUAAACGGUUGCCUAAUCCUAAUAGUAAUCCCAUAAUGAAGUUACACUCUUCAACUAGUGGCGCUGCUAAGAAAAGAAGGAAAAGAAACAAGAAUAAUCAAAACAAUACCAUCAAUAAUCAAAACUUGAAUAUGAAUAUGAACAACACUCCUCCACUGCCUCCACCAGAGUUAUCUCUUCCCAAACCUGCACCUCCUCCACCUGAACUUCCACCUGAACCACCAUUACCCCCUAUGCCAGUUGAUGUGAAUCCACCAUUGCCUCCUCAAGAACCACAAGACUGUAUGACACAGAAUGGAUUAUGUAAUCCUUCUGAAGAUUGGCCUGAAUCUCUAAAGGACUAUGUACUUCGCAGUUAUGCAAAAUGCAAGACUGAAUUUGAUAAAAAUCAAGUUCAAAUAAUUUUAAAAGGAAAAAUAACUCAAGCAUGCCAAAAUGGCCAACUUUAUAAAGAUUGGUCUAAAGAACCUCUACCUAACAUUCACAGUGAAAGACAACCUUUCACAGGUCAAGUCAAAACUGUGCCGGGACAGUUGAGCCAAUUUCAGAACAACAAUAAAAAAGGACUGUCGCCUGGUUUAGGAGCUAGAUUGGGUUCAAGGACAAGUAUUGCAAGUACUUUAAGAGGAAAGAGUAAGUCUUCUUCUAGGUCUAGGUCUAGGUCGCCUGUGGCAAGAAAGAAAUCAACGUCAAGGAGUCCUAGGAAAAAUGGAUCUUACAGUGACACUUCUACCUCCAGUAGUGAAGAUAGCUACAAAAGCGACUCAAAAUCUUCAAGACGGAACAAGAACAAAAUAUCCGACAGGUUAGGUGUCUCAAAGAAUAAAAAUCAAAAGUCAUCUAAGAAACAGAAACCGAAAGACAAAAAAUCUAGUUUCUAUUCGACUUUUGGCAGUGAAGUUGAAGAAAAUAAAGAAGUCCUACAGCAAAGGGCUGCUAGGUUUAGUAACAAUAAAUCUAAUGUUAAUAAUGGAUAUGAGAAAAAUGCAAGUUUUGUUAUUGAUAAGUUUUCUGAUGAUAACCAUUUAAGUGGGAACUUUGACUGGUCGGAUGGUCACAUUGUGGGUACUUGUCAGGAUUUAGAAAAAUCAUUCCUUCGACUGACAAAAGCCGUAAAUCCGUGUGAAAUCCGGCCAAUCGAAGUCCUUAAAUUAUCGUUACAGAAUGUUAAGGAUAAAUGGGUACAAAAGCAGGAUUAUUUCUACGCGUGUGAUCAACUGAAGUCCAUUCGUCAAGAUUUAACGGUCCAAGGAAUAAGGAACGAAUUCACUGUAGAAGUUUAUGAAACUCAUGCCCGGAUAGCCAUCGAAAAGGGAGAUCAUGAAGAAUUUAAUCAAUGUCAGGCUCAACUGAUUUUGUUAUAUCAAAAUAUAGGGGGUUCAAAUCGUACUGAAUUUGUAGCUUACAGGAUCCUUUAUUAUAUAUUCGUCAAGAACACCCUAGAUAUCAUGACCGUCAUGAAAUCUCUCACAAAAGAAGAAAAGUCUGACGAAUGCAUAUCGUUUGCAUUAAAAAUUCGGUCGGCUUGGGGUUCGGGCAAUUUUCAUAAAUUCUUUUUUCUUUACUGUAGAGCUCCAUUCAUGACCGGCUACCUCUUAAACUGGUUCAUUGAAAGAGAGCGCAAAGAUUAUUUAAAAUGCAUUAUAAAAAGCUAUCGCCAGAGCGUUUCUAUCGACUUCCUGGUUCAAGAGUUGGCUUUCGAAAAUGUGGAGGAGUGUUUCGCGUUUUUAGAGCAGUUUUCUUUAGUUUUCGCCGAUUCGGAAAGGACUUUACUCGAUUGUAAGAGCAGUAUGUCGGCUCUUCCUUGUAUCUAGCCAUUCAGAUUACUCUGAUCGGUACAAAUUUUCCCGUAUUGAGUUCUCACUUAUACUUAGUAAAAGUGGUGAUUCAACAUUAUGGUUUCCAUCUGCCAGAUGGUUUUAAUUAUUCUGGUAGAAAAAAUCGUGGUCUGUUAGAAAUUCAUUAACAGACGGUUACUGGCCCAGGAAGACGAGGAAUAGGAAAAGUGUCUACUCUGUUUAGUAAGCUUUGAAUAAAUCUUUUUGUUUCAAACCAUGGUGAUAUUUGGUUGCUACAAACGAAGUCUCAUUUUUUAAUGAUUUUUUAAAAUAUUUUGUCAUGUUUUAGUGACAAUGGAGAUGUUGGUACAACUAAUAAUUGUAGUUAAUGUAUAUAUUUUUUUAAUAAAAUAAUUUAUUGAA